AUGAAGCAAGUUGAAGCCUGGGUGCUGGCCAAAGCAUUGCAGCUGCAACCGGGGGAGGUGGUGCUGGAUCCGAUGUGUGGCAAAGGCACCUUGCUGUGUGAAGCAGCCAUUUGGUGGCCUGAGGCCUCCUUUAUUGGCUGUGACGUUGAGGCGCAACAGCUGGAGAAAUGCCUUGCCAACCAUCGCUAUCUGGGCCUGACAGAGCUUGUGGUGCAUCAAGCGGAUGCUGCAACAUUAGGCGGUUUGCCCAUCGCUGACUCCUCGGUGGACAAGCUGAUGUGCGCUCCUCCCUGGGAUCGACAAUUUGAGGCAGCUGGAGGAUUAGAGAACUUCUAUCCCAAGAUGCUGGAGGAGUUCUCGCGCGUGUUGCGGAGCAAUGGCACCAUGGCCUUCCUGUUGAAUUUGCCGGCAGAGGAGGCUCUGAAAGCUUCUCUGGCGGGCUGGCGGACAUGUCGAUGUCCCUUCGCUCUCACGCACCACACAGUGGGAGUGCUGCUGUUAGCCUGGAAGGUUCACCGCUGUCAAAUCCUCCAAUCCAUUCCAAAUCCCAUCCUUUCGCUGGGCUCUUCAGCGAUCGGAGCCUCCCCGGAGAGGUGCUUAGGCCGAGGAACGCGGCCUGCGACGGCGACCCAAAGCGGACGGGCGGAAGAAAAAGGAAGCGGGAAGCGACGGAGGCCGGCACGUUUGAACCUGCGGCCUAAGCCUCAUGUGCUGUCAGGCAGAGCCUGA